UUGAGUUCAGACAUCACUUCUCUCAUAAUCAGAGGAGAGACAAGAAUUAACUCUAGUCUUUUAAUUUACAAAUUAAUUACUUUUAAACCCUUCCUCAUCUGACUAUGAAGAGACAGUUCAACAGGAGAGGACAUCAUGAGCAUGUUUUUGAAGGUCACUUGAAGCUGAAUGAUUUGAAAGAGAAAGGACAGGGUUUGGAAAACCAGUACCUCUUCAAGGACAACAUCCCAGCUUAUCCCCGACCAGAGUUCCAUGUGUCUCAUCUAAAACACGACACAAACCAAGCUGGAUUACGUGGCAUCAGGGAUGCUCAUGGCUUCACAGGGUCUCUGCUGUGGUGGAGUCUGGUUGUGGGACCUGAUGAGAUCAAGUCAGCUGAGAAGAGGCUCCUGGAGACAACCUACCCAGAACGGACGGAGGAGCAGGCCCAGUCGCAGCAGAGCUUCCUGACGAAGUUUGCCACCUCCCAAGCCUUCAGUGAGACCUCCAGGCUGGGCUCGUACCGCUUCACCUUCCCCCUGGAAGAGCUGCUGAAGGCUUACAGCGACCAGUUUUGCUGCGGUGCUCAGCCCGUCAUGCGGGUACUCAAGACCGUCCUGUACAAACAAGAAGUGAUGUAUGCCGUGCUGGUCCACAGCCCAGACAGUCAGGACCUGUUCUUAGACUAUCCUUUGCUGACUGAUGACUCAAACUCUGUCUGCACUUACAAAGAUGGCUGCUUCAUCUGGAGGUCAGAGGCCAUGUGUGAGACACACAGAUACACUUUGGUCCUGAGGCAUGAGGAGAAGCAGAUGGAAGCGGAGGUGGUGCUGUCUCGCCCUCAGUUUUAUGUUUGGGAUAAUGUCGCCGUCGCCCUGCACGUGGACCAACAGGUGCUGAAGUUUGAUGCUGACCGACUGAGAGAGAGCCUCAAGUUCUGUAGUAGAGCAACGCCUGCAAUUAUACCUCCAUGGGAAUUUGAUGACUUCCCAGUUGCUGAAAAGGUUGUAAAAGAAUUGUGGCCUGAUUAUCCGUCACCACUGGAGAGAGCUGAAUAGCUAAAUUAAAAGAAAAAUGCAACUCAUUGCAUUGAAGAAAUGAAUGAGUUGAUCAAUAGAUGGAUGUCAAUACCAAUAUCUAUAUUUGGUAGAAUUAAUAUUUUAGAAAUGAAUGUACUACAGAAAUGACUUUAUUUAUUGCAAAACAUUCCUCUAACAACACUUUUAGAUUUGUUCCCGAAAAACACCUCAUACAUAUACUCAGAGACAGUAGAAAACAAAAAUAGAGAUGAAUUUUCCUGAUAUUUUUAGAAACUUUUUAUACAAUUGCCUAAAAUACUGAGUCCGACUUCUAUUUCUUUGUUUUGUGGUAUUUUAUUUGCUUAUCCUUAAGUUUCGUUUCCUGGACAUAACUCCAAACGAUGAACUUUGUUACAAAAUGACUGAAUAAUACAGCAUGUUACCCCUCAUGACACAGCGGCCAAAACCGUAUUGCUCCUCCGCCCAGCAACACCUGUUACCUGGACGAAGGUCCCUACCUAUAUAGGACAAUGACCCCACAGCAUACUGACCCCUACUGGCCCAAUUAGUGUCUUGCAUUAGCUAUCUUAAAAUGGCUCCUACAAGUACAAAUAAAAAAAUAAUGAUAAUGAAUAAAUUACACGCUGCUUUUCUUUUUACAAAUUUCAGAGCUUGUAAUUUUUUUUUAUUUUUCCUCUAAAUACUUGUUAUGUUAGGAUCUAUUGCCAUUUAUACACUCUGUUUUGUGUCGGUGCAGCAAUUGUCUUGUUGUUUAAUUAUUCAUUUAUUAAUUAAAUGCAAAAACUAUUAUAAAUGUAGAAGGUUGUAUAUCAUGGUGUUAAAAACUAAAAUAAAGAUAUUGUGCGGAAAAAGUA